AUGAAUCCCUUCUUUCUGCUGUCUCUCCUCUUUGGCCUGACUUUUGGUCAAACAGCAUCACUUUGUGCUCCUUCUGAGUACAUAAUCCAUGUGGAGAAAAAAGAAUGCACCUACUGCCUGGCCAUCAACACCACCAUCUGCGCUGGAUUUUGCAUGACACGGGACAGCAAUGGCAAGAAACUGCUCCUCAAAAGUUCUCUGUCCCAGAAUGUGUGCACAUAUAAAGAGAUGUUGUAUCAAACAGCACUGAUUCCGGGCUGUCCUCUUCACACCAUCUCUUAUUAUUCUUAUCCUGUGGCUGUGAGCUGCAAGUGUGGAAAAUGUAACACUGAUUACAGUGACUGUGUUCAUGAAAAGGUUAGGACAAACUAUUGCACUAAACCACAAAAGUUCUGUAACAUGUGA